UAACGGAAGAUUAUUUUUGGCUGAAACUUUCAGGAUAUUCUUAGGAUCAUUAUAUCUAUUUAUGGGCGAAGUUUCACUUCGAAAUUCGUUGUUUAGGUUUCUCCGAUCUAUAUCCAGGAUCAAGUCGAAAAUUUAGUAAAAUGGUCGUAAACUUUGAAGGAAUGAAUAUUAACUCAAAUCCUUUUAAGGUUUUUAUUAGGGCACUACAUAGUACUAAUGGGCCGGAAAAUAAUCGAAAUCUGAGGCCGACACCUGAAAAGGUUCCCUCGUCAGCUCAGUCCAGAGUAUCUAUUAGAGCAAUCAAAAACAGAUGAUUACAGUUUUUCGCGAAAUCUAAGACUUCCGUAAAUUGCAAAUUUCGAGCACACUUGACUUGACCAUUUGUUUUUAUUAAAAAUUUUGCUUUUAUAUAUAUAAAAAUUAGGUUCCUGUUGCUAUUAAAGCACUAAAAACAACAAUGGAUUCAAGUUCGAAAGAAGAAAUGAAAAAAGAAGCAUUUGUUAUGAAAGAAUUAUCACAUCCAUGUAUAGUUCGUCUUUACGGUGUAGCUCAAUCGAAAAAAUUGAAUAGUACAUUGAUGGUACAAGAACUUCUUUUGAUGGGAUCAUUGUUAGAUUAUUUGAAAGCACAUGUGACUAAUUCAGCACGAUCAUUAUUUGCUUUAUGGGUAACACAAAUUAUACAUGGAAUGGCUUAUAUGGAAAAGAAACGUUUUGUUCAUCGAGAUUUAGCUGCAAGAAAUAUUUUAAUGCAAUCACAUUCACGAAUAAAAAUAUCUGAUUUUGGUUUAUCGCGGAGUGUUGAUUCAGAUAAUUAUUAUUUUCAGCAAAGUGAUACACCUAUACCAAUUGCUUGGUACGCACCGGAAUCACUUAAUCAAUCGAAAUUUACAAGUAAAAGUGAUGUUUGGUCAUUUGGUAUCACAAUGUGGGAAAUUUAUACGUUCGGAACAUAUCCGUAUGGAACAAUGCAUAAUGAAGAAAUCUAUCCUUAUAUUGCAUCCGGUGGUCGUCUUCAUCGUCCAUCUGGUUGUAGUAGUUCUGUAUAUGAAAUAAUGCGUCAAUGUUGGAUGUUCGAAGCACAUGAUCGUCCAUCAUUUCCAGAAUUACUUAAAAUACUUGGCAAUCGAUCAGAAUUUGUUUCAGCUGUUCAACAUUUUCAUCAAUUGUCAAGAAAUUGA